AUGAGUGUAUAUGCCGAUGACGUCUCCGAGAGGAAACGGCUCGUAAGGCAGGCCAUCGGAGCACUGCCGAACUUUGUCGAGCGGGAUGCUGUUCGAAAACUGCAAGAUCUGGCGCGAGAGCGUGGAGAUUGCAGAGAUUGGGAAGAUGUGAGAAGCCUGACGGAGCUGGAGACUACUAUAAGAGAAGCGGCGUUGACCGAUGAGGCAGCCUACAGAAGCCGACGAGAGCGUAAGGCAGACCUGUCUACCGGGGGAAAGCACCAGACGAACAACCAGGGGCGAAACCGGGAUCAGGUACGAGCGACCUGGAGCCAGGGUCAUUGGGACACACACAAAGGAGCUGAAGAUGAUGCGGAUGGAGAUGCUGAUGUUGACCAAGUCCAGAGGACCAUUGACGAGAUGGAGGCAGAACGCAAGGCCCAUAACGAGUCAAAGUCGAAGGAGGAUAAGCAAAAAGCCUCGGCCAGUGCUCGCAAUGGGGAGCGUGAGCGCUUCGCCAAGCGCUUUGGGCUCUGCCUUUUCGUGACGGCACCAUGGAACUACAAAGAGGCUAGGAUCUACAACGAUUUUGGGAGCGAUGACCUUCUCGCCCAAACCGACAAGAAGGGGAGGACCUACUAUCUUCUUGGGUGCGAGAAUCGCUCUAAAGGCGAGGAUUGGAGUAAACAAGCUGUUGAGAAUAACCCUCAGUACCGAAGUCGAGAGUACGAUCUGAGGGGAAAAAACUAG